AUGUGUCCCGUGUGGCUAUUGGUAGCUGUGGUGGUUGUGGGCGGAGCCAGAGGAGCUGUCAGUCAGUGCUGGGAGCAUCCGAGCUGUCAGGAGGUGGAGUCAGAGAGCGGCAUGAUGGAGUGUAUCCAGCUCUGCCGUUCAGACCUCACUGCUGAAACACCAAUCAUUCCAGGCUCCGCCCACCUCCAACCCCCUCCUCCCUCAGACCCCUCCUCCUCCUCCUCCUCCUCCUCCUCCUCCUCCUCUUCAUCUCCUCAGGCCAAGCGCUCCUACUCCAUGGAGCACUUCCGUUGGGGGAAACCCGUGGGCAGAAAACGCCGCCCUGUCAAAGUUUACACCUCCAACGGCGUGGAGGAGGAGUCAGCUGAGGUGUUCCCCGGAGAGAUGAGGAGGCGGGAUCUGGCCAAUGAGCUGCUGGCGGCGGCGGCGGCAGCAGCGGAGGAGGAGGAGGCUCAGGAGGUGACGGAGGAGGAGCAGCAGCAGCUCCUGGACAAGAAGGACGGCUCGUACAAGAUGAAACACUUCCGCUGGAGCGCUCCGGCCGCCAGCAAACGCUACGGCGGCUUCAUGAAGAGCUGGGACGAGCGCAGCCAGAGGCCGCUGCUCACACUCUUCAAGAACGUCAUCAACAAAGACGGACAGCAGCAGGUGUGACCGCUGCCGGCCAAUCGGAAGACGGCGCCCGCCCCCCAGGUGACGCCGCAACCAAUAAAAGCUUAGAAACUGCGGUGAAGGUGGAUGUUGAAUGACUGCCGAGAGGAGGAGGUUUUGAUAUUUAUUGAUCUGUGUAAAUAUGUGUACAUUAAACGGAAACAUAAAGACGUAUUUGCAAGCAGCCGGUGGUUGUGUUUUUAUGUGUGUUCGAUACGUACGUCAGUUAACGGCCAAUGACUCCAUAAACCCAUGAACGACACAGAAGUGCAGGUUUAUUUUCAGUCACUACAUGAGUCUGAAAUCAUACAAAUACACUGGUUUGAUUCUUUUCAGGAACGGAACAAACAGAACCCACAAAACCAACUCAGAUUAUACGAUAAAAACUCUGCUUCAUGGUCUCCUCUCUUACCUUCCUCGUUUCCCCCUCUCUUCCUUUCCUCUCUUAUAUCCUUGUUUCCUUUCGUUGUUUGCUCUCCUCCUUUCCUCUCCUUUAGCUAUGAUCUCUUUUAUCUCCUUUCUUCCUGUUUUCUCCU